AUGAAUAAAUUUUAUAUUCAAAUUGUUUUUUUUCUUUUAACCAUCUCCCUAUAUGUGAAUAAUAAAGCUCUUGCAACUGAGCUUGCUCCAAAAACAUCUACGACAUCUAACUCAACACACCAUUAUUAUACUCCAGAAGAAAUAUAUGAAAAAAACAAGCACUUAUUAUGUACCAAUCCCGAAGAAACUAUAAAUGCAGAAAAUCUUAUGAACGAAGCUGUAACACAUUUAGAGUAUCAUGCUAAAAGUGAUGAUGGUUAUGAACUAUAUGGAAAUAAUCAUUACUCCCGUAUGUUUUUUUAUAAAAAAAAACAUAAAGACCAUACAGAUGUUCUAAAAAUUACUUUUAAAGUGUAUGGUUCCGAUAUGUAUAAUCAAGUAGUAAACAUGUUUUGGGAUCCCGAUCAUGCCACUUUUAUUAAUACGGACUCUGUUAAAAUUGCCCGUGUAUACACUCCAAAUUUAAUAAUUAUACUACAACGUUACAAAAAAAAAUUUGGACACCGCCAGAAAUAUUUUCAUGCUUUAGCUACAAAGGUUGAGAUAUCAGAAGACGCAACUAUAAUUGCCUAUUCGUCAGCAGAUAUAAAUGAUCACAACAGUAAAAAUGAAAAAUACUAUCAAAACGAAAUAAUAGAAAACGCAAAUUUAUUCAAAACUGACAUUGAUUCUGAAGAUGAUAUUAAAAAUGGAAAAUUAAAAAAAACUUUUGUUAACUUAGCUGGGUACCUCAUUGAAAAUAAAGACAAAUUUGUUAAUAUCACCUAUGUCGAAUCUAUUAAUGGACAUGCUUCCUUUUAA